AUGAAGUUCAUGAAGCUAGGGUCUAAGCCUGAUACAUUUCAAUCUGAUGGCAAAUUCGUCAAGUACGCUGUUUCGGAUCUUGACAGCGAUGUUACUAUCAUUGUGGACGAGGUCACAUUUUACCUCCAUAAGUUCCCGCUGCUAUCAAAGAGCAAUAGGAUGCAGAGACUGGUUUAUCAGGCGAGUGAGGAAUCAACGGAUGAGAUCACUAUAUUAGACAUCCCUGGAGGAGCCAAAACGUUUGAGAUCUGUGCUAAGUUUUGCUAUGGCAUGACCGUUACGCUCAAUGCUCACAACAUAACCGCUGUUCGAUGUGCAGCUGAGUAUCUUGAAAUGACUGAAGAUGUUGACCGUGGUAACCUCAUUUACAAGAUUGAGGUCUUCCUCAACUCUGGCAUAUUCAGAAGCUGGAAAGACUCCAUCAUCAUGCUUCAGACAACAAAAUCACUUCUUCCGUGGUCUGAAGACCUGAAGCUUGUUGGUAGAUGCAUAGAUUCUGUCUCAGCUAAGAUUCUGGUGGACCCUGAGACGAUCACUUGGUCAUACACACACAACAGGAAGCUCUCUGGACCUGAUACGAUAGUUGAGUAUCACCGCGAGAAGAGAGAAGAGAAUGUGAUUCCGAAAGACUGGUGGGUUGAAGAUGUAUGCGAGCUUGAGAUUGACAUGUUCAAGCGGGUGAUGACCACUGUGAAGUCGAGUGGAAGGAUGAACAAUGGCGUAAUCGGAGAAGCUCUUAGAUACUACGUUGCAAGGUGGUUACCGGAGUCUAUGGAGUCUUUAACAUCAGAAGCUUCUUCAAACAAGUGUCUCGUUGAGACUGUUGUUUACUUGCUGCCGAGGGUAAACAGAGCGAUGAGCUACUCUACUUGCAGCUUCUUGCUGAAACUUUUGAAAGUUUCGAUCUUUGUUGGAGCUGAUGAGACGGUGAAAGAAGAUUUGGUUGAAAACGUGAGCUUGAAGCUUCACGAGGCCUCGGUGAAAGAUUUGUUGAUCCAUGAAGUUGAGCUUGUUCAUAGGAUUGUUGAAAAGUUCAUGGCGGAUGAGAAACGUGGAUCAGAAGAUGAUCGGUACAAGGAGUUUGUUCUAGGAAAUGGGAUUUUGUUGAGCGUGGGGAGAUUGAUUGAUGCGUAUCUCGCACUUAACCGUGAUCUCACGCUCUCUAGCUUUGUAGAGUUGUCUGAGCUAAUCCCGGAAUCAGCUAGACCGAUACACGACGGUCUUUACAAAGCCAUUGACACUUUCUUGAAGGAACAUCCGGAGCUAACGAAAUCGGAAAAGAAGAGACUUUGCGGGUUAAUGGAUGUGAGGAAGCUGACGAGCGAUGCAUCGACGCACGCAGCGCAGAACGAGCGGCUUCCGUUACGAGUGGUGGUGCAAGUUCUCUACUUUGAGCAGCUCAGAGCAAAUCACAGCCCUGUAGGGUCUGUUGCAGCUUCGUCGCACUCGCCGCUGCCGCCUGUGAAGAAGACGGUGGAGGAGGAGAAAGGAGGAGAAGAAGCGGCGACGACGAAGAAGGUUGAGCUGAGCAAGAAAAGCAGAGGAAGCAAGAGCACGAGGAGUGGUGGUGGAGCCCAGCUGAUGCCGUCGAGGUCAAGGAGGAUAUUUGAGAAGAUAUGGCCAGGGAAAGGUGAGAGUAGUUACAAGAGCUCUGAGGUUUCGUCUGGUAGCUCGCAGAGUCCGCCGGCGAAGUCGACGAGCUCGUCCUCCCGUCGCCGGAGACAUUCCAUUUCCUGA